AUGGGCAUUGGCCAUGUCCUGUGCGAUGUGGACGCAACUCAUGUGUUCGCGCGAGGCAAGAGUGCGCAGAAUCCGCAACAAUGGCCGUUCUUGAAGACGAGUUUUCAGGAAGCAGCUGGUGGGCCACCUGUCCCCAAAGAAGGGUCAAAGCAGCUGGAGAAAGUGUCUCAAAAUGUGGGAUGCGCCCCUGGCUUCCGGUGCAUGUCCAAGAUAAGCGAAUUUGGAAUGGCACACAAUGGUGAAUACAAGCGUGUCACUACGCCGAAGUUACCUCCCCGAUUUCAGCAGCGAGAUGUGUGGGAAUGGGGUUGUCCAGCACGAGGCAACAUGACCGUCACAGGGAAAUGCCAGCCGCCAAAGCCAGGAGAAGAAGGACAAGCAGGUAUGUGUUGGUCACAGAAUGCAAUGCUUGCCGGGCCAAAAACUCCAUGUGGCUCUUCUGGUGACAAGUGCAUGUGCGUGAAACCAGCCACCAGCACGGGUUCCAUUGGCUAUGGGAACAAGAGCCGAGACAUCCUUCCAGAAUUCACGGAGGGCGACUCUGGUGAUGCUGGAGGAGUGGAGGUGGUCAUGGGCAAAUUCCAAGUCCAGCCACUUCCGCAUUGUGAUGAUUGCUUAGCCCUGAGCAGCAAUUGGGAGCAGUGUGCGGAGUGUGCCAACUGCUCCUACGGUACGAAGAUCUUGGAUGGGCGGCCAACCCUUGCUUGCUAUGAGAAGGACUUCCAGCCACCGGGGCAGCCUGCUUUCGCCGAAACGCCUCCAAAGGAAGGAGAGGAAUACCGCAAGCGGAACCUUGUUCUGCUGCAAGGCAAGCAAGCAGAGGAGCAGGACUUGUGGAUCAUCCCGCAGUACCCUUUGUGGGAUCCGGAACCUGAAGGGAUGGAAGCCGAGGAUGCAAACGGUGGUCAAGUCUUCCCAUUCCAAAUGAACACGGAGCCUCUUUCAAACGAGGCCUGGGUCAAGGCCUACAAGAAAGUUGCUCCAAGGAUCCAGUCAUUGAUGGACAUGAUUGCAAAGAAGCUGAAGAACAAUUGGGGGCCAGAAGCCGUUCGCGAAGAGUGCUCCCAAUUGUUCGAGGCAAGAUAUGUAAAGGCACAAAAUGCUCGGAAAGCAUGCAAGGAAAUGCAGAUGCUCCAGGCCAUGCUGGCGCCAGGGGAACUGGGCACCUUUCCACGCAGAUUGCCGACAGGGCAGAAAUUGCGGUGUGAAUUCCACCGCCAGGACACUUGCGAGAAGUUGAAUUGCUACAGCCAAGAUGAUGGCUAUGCCCAAGCAGUGGGGGCUUUGAGGAAGCGAGACGGCGAGUGCAGGCUUGAAAGAGAAGCCGAACUUGAACGCGAACAUGAUCAUCAGGCAAAGACAUCCACACCAGGAGCCAAAGGUGCACUCAGUGUGAAGGACCUGAUGAAGGAAGAGGAAGCACCACUGGUUGCAGAGGACAAUGUCAAGAAAGUGCAGCAGGCAAUUCCCUCAGUUGCACUUGUUCUCGGUACACCAGGCGCUUGGAAACGAAUACCAAGGCGACGAGGUGAUUUUCUUGGCAACGCGGCACAGCUGCUUAAGCAGCACAAGCAGUGCAGCAGCUGCUGUUGA